CCCGGCCCCCCUUCGGGCCCGCCCCCCCUCCCGCGCUUCCUGGCGGCUCCGCGUCCGGCGCCUGUUUGUGCUGCGGCGCUGUGGCCCCGGACGGCCCCGCCACCCCACCCCUGGGAGCCGAGAGCGGCUCCGGGAGAGUCCGAGGGCCCGGGGGGGUCUGGAGACUGCGGCCCCGGGCCCACAGCGCCCCCUCCAGGCCCCUUCCCCGCGCCCGACAGCGCCCCCUCGGGGUGGUGGUACGGCGCCCUUCGCGCGCGCCCCGGGGUGCUUCCCCUUUCCCUCUCCCCGGCCGUGGCCCCCGCGGCUUAGACGCCUCCUCCGCCGCCGCCGCUCGGAGCAACCCGGGGGCCGGAUGGACGGGGCCGCGGGGCCCGUCUUUGCGGAGGCUGAGACGGCAGCAGGAAGGGAGCUUUGCCAGGUUUCUCGCCUGCCCUGCCAGAAGGAGGCCCUUGAUCCUUUACCACCGUCUCCUCCCCUCUGGACGAGCAUUCAAGCCUGGGGCUGCCUGAAAGGGGCAGUCCUACUGGACACAUGUGAGGGCCCUGCUCGGGAGGCCCUCCAGUCUCUGAGCCAGCGGCUUCGGGUGCAGGAGCAGGAGAUGGAGCUGGUAAAGGCAGCCCUGGCAGAAGCCCUUCGCCUGCUGCGGCUGCAGGUGCCCCCUUCCUCCCUGCAGGGCUCUGGCACACCAGCUCCUCCAGGGGACAGUCUUGCAGCCCCCCCAGGACUGCCACCCACGUGCACCCCUUCCUUGGUGAGCCGAGGCACCCAGACGGAGACAGAGGUGGAGCUCAAGUCAUCCCCUGGACCCCCUGGCCUGAGCAAUGGACCCCCAGCCCCUCAGGGGGCCAGCGAAGAGCCUAGUGGGACCCAAUCUGAAGGAGGGGGAAGCAGCAGCAGUGGUGCUGGCUCCCCUGGCCCCCCGGGGAUCCUCAGGCCCUUGCAGCCCCCACAGCGUGCUGACACGCCGCGAAGAAAUUCUUCCUCCUCAUCUCCCUCAGAGCGGCCUCGGCAGAAGCUCUCCAGGAAGGCAAUUUCCUCCGCCAACCUGUUAGUGCGGUCCGGGAGCACAGAGAGCCGUGGGGGAAAAGACCCCCUCUCCAGCCCUGGGGGCCCUGGAUCUCGGAGGAGCAAUUACAAUUUGGAAGGCAUCUCAGUGAAGAUGUUCCUUCGAGGCCGCCCCAUUACCAUGUACAUCCCGUCUGGCAUCCGUAGCCUUGAGGAGCUGCCGAGUGGCCCACCACCAGAGACCCUCAGUCUUGACUGGGUUUAUGGGUACAGGGGUCGUGACUCCCGGUCUAAUCUGUUUGUGCUGCGCUCUGGGGAGGUGGUCUACUUUAUCGCCUGUGUGGUGGUGCUGUACCGGCCUGGAGGAGGCCCAGGGGGUCCUGGAGGUGGCGGCCAGAGACAUUACCGGGGGCACACAGACUGCGUUCGAUGCCUUGCUGUUCACCCUGAUGGUGUUCGGGUAGCCUCGGGACAGACAGCUGGAGUGGAUAAGGAUGGAAAGCCCCUGCAGCCUGUGGUUCACAUCUGGGACUCAGAGACGCUGUUGAAACUGCAGGAGAUUGGACUGGGGGCCUUCGAGCGGGGUGUUGGGGCCCUGGCCUUUUCAGCUGCGGAUCAGGGUGCCUUUCUUUGUGUGGUGGAUGACUCCAAUGAGCACAUGCUGUCGGUGUGGGACUGCAGCCGGGGAAUGAAGCUGGCUGAGAUCAAGAGUACAAAUGACUCAGUCCUGGCCGUUGGCUUCAACCCUCGUGACAGCAGCUGCAUCGUCACCAGUGGGAAAUCUCACGUCCACUUCUGGAAUUGGAGUGGUGGAGUAGGGGUUCCUGGGAAUGGGACCCUUACCCGGAAACAGGGUGUUUUUGGGAAAUACAAGAAACCCAAGUUUAUCCCUUGCUUUGUGUUCCUUCCGGAUGGAGACAUUCUCACUGGAGACUCAGAGGGGAACAUUCUCACCUGGGGGCGGAGCCCUUCAGAUUCCAAGACCCCAGGCAGGGGUGGGGCCAAAGAGACCUAUGGGAUUGUGGCCCAGGCUCACGCUCAUGAAGGUUCCAUCUUCGCCUUGUGUCUCCGGCGGGACGGGACAGUGCUGAGUGGUGGCGGGCGGGACCGCCGGCUGGUACAGUGGGGGCCCGGGUUGGUGGCCCUCCAGGAGGCUGAGAUUCCUGAGCACUUUGGGGCCGUGCGAGCCAUUGCUGAAGGGCUUGGCUCUGAGCUGCUGGUGGGAACCACGAAGAAUGCAUUGCUGAGGGGAGAUCUGGCCCAGGGCUUCUCCCCUGUAAUCCAGGGCCACACUGAUGAGCUCUGGGGGCUCUGCACACACCCCUCCCAGAACCGCUUCCUCACCUGCGGCCACGACCGGCAGCUCUGCCUGUGGGAUGGGGAGAGCCAUGCGCUGGCCUGGAGCAUCGACCUCAAGGAGACUGGUCUCUGUGCUGACUUCCACCCGAGUGGGGCAGUUGUGGCCGUAGGACUGAACACAGGGAGGUGGUUGGUUUUGGACACAGAGACCAGAGAGAUCGUGUCUGAUGUCAUUGAUGGCAAUGAGCAGCUCUCAGUGGUCCGGUACAGCCCAGAUGGGUUGUACCUGGCCAUUGGUUCCCAUGACAACGUGAUCUACAUCUAUAGUGUUUCCAGUGAUGGUGCCAAAUCCAGCCGCUUUGGCCGCUGUAUGGGUCACUCCAGCUUCAUCACUCAUCUCGACUGGUCCAAGGAUGGGAAUUUCAUCAUGUCCAAUUCUGGGGACUAUGAGAUUCUUUACUGGGACGUGGCUGGAGGCUGCAAGCAGCUGAAGAAUCGCUAUGAGAGCCGAGACCGGGAAUGGGCUACCUACACCUGUGUGCUGGGCUUCCACGUCUACGGCGUGUGGCCGGACGGCUCCGAUGGGACCGACAUCAACUCCCUGUGCCGCUCCCACAACGAGCGCGUGGUGGCGGUGGCCGACGACUUCUGCAAAGUGCAUCUCUUCCAGUACCCGUGCGCUCGUGCCAAGGCGCCGAGCCGCAUGUACGGGGGCCAUGGCAGCCACGUGACCAGCGUCCGGUUCACGCACGACGACUCGCACCUCGUCUCGCUGGGCGGCAAGGACGCCAGCAUCUUCCAGUGGCGAGUGCUGGGCGCUGGGGGCGCGGGGCCGGCGCCCGCCACGCCCUCUAGAACCCCCUCCCUGUCCCCCGCCUCCUCCCUCGACGUUUGAUCGCUGCCUGGCGGGACCGACUGGCCCGGCGGCGUGGCCCCGCCCCGCCCCGCCCUAAUCCCCCACGACCGGGGGCCGACUCUUUCCUCGACUGACUUCGAGACAUUCCCGAUCGCGCAUUUCCCUGGAAGGCGCGAACGGCGCCCUUGCACACACUGUUUAGACCCGCUGGCUGAGCCGGGCAGCCCCAGCCUAGGCCUUGACUCCCGCUGCCUGAUGAGGGGCAAUAAACCAGAACCAAAGUCGC